UUUGGUGGAUUGCUUUGUUAUUGGUUUCAUGUGAGGUAUAGGUGAAGCAGCAGCAGCUUCUGAUUGUCCUGCAGUCAGUUGUUGAAUCGCUUCGGUAUUACUCAGUUCUUUAGCUUGUUGCACUUGUGCUUGGGCUGGCGAGCUUGUGUCUUGUGGCACCAGUUCAGCUUGUUGUGCUGGUGUCUGUGUCUGUGAUUGUGAUUGUGAUUGCGCCUGUGUCUGUCUCUGUGAUUGCGUCUGUGUCUGUGUCUGUGCCUGGGCCAGUGUCUGUUCUGGUGACAUCCUUGUUUCAUCAGAGCCCGCGUCCUUGGUUGUCUUUGCCUUCUUCUUUUGCUCCUCUUCCUGGGAGAGGGUGCCCUUCUGUAGAUUCACAGCCAAGUUCUUGAGUGUUUUCUCAUCCUUCCUUAAGGCGCGUGUGUUGCUGAAGAAUCGGCGGUAGCCCAUAAUGUUGUAUACAAUUUGAGGGUGGGGUUGGAUCGUGUGAACGCAGGGGUUAUAGCCAGCCACAACUGAUGGUGUAGCCCUACCCACCCUCGAUAUGCUCCUGCUGGUGGUUGCACUUAUUAUAGGUUUCAUUAAUGUGAAUGAUGCUAAAUUUGAAAAAGUAAUAAAUAAGGUAAUUAAAUAUAGAAACUCUAAUUGAUAGUGGAGGUUUAAAGUUGAGGGUUUUUACAACACUAAAGGUGGGAGGUCCUUUUUAGUCACAGCAAAAAAAUUAAAAAAAGAAAAGUAGCAGCUGGCGAUUAUAUGCAGGAAAAACAAAGUCCAGGUUCGGGGAUAGCGGUGCAAAUGGACAACUAAUACGGCACCAUUGCCUUAGCGAACAAGGAACACACAUCAUCUUACAUCGUCGAAUCAUGGCACAGUCACCCAGUACACGCACGCACACACAGGACACACAUUGACGUAUAACGCAAAUCAAAAUUACCGGGUAAAUAGAAGGAAUACAAGUGGCCGAAAACGAGGCAUUCAAAGCCAAGAAGAGAUUGGACGGCUCGGUCGUGCAUUUGGGCAAAUCACGGAGAAGCAAUCGGAAAUCACUAAAAUUCGUUAUCUCUAAAUGAGCAAAUUGAUUAUGAAUAUUUUAUAGAGCGCUCGUGUGUGUGUGUGUGGUGGCUGUAUUAAAGAUUAAGUAAUGUUAUUUUUUGCAGCUCGUGUAAUUUCAAAAUGAAAUGCUUCAACAACCACGCAACUUUUUCGUUACAGGUUCAGAACUCUGGGAAUUUCUUGGGUGUAUCGAGACUGAUUUAGUUGUAUAGCCCUGUGCUCAUACCCAGCAAAGCUCAGACCAAAUAAACCUCACAACCAACCAGCUGGUGAUAGUGUAAUCUGAAAGAAAGAUCAGUCACAUUCUGGGUACAAUCAGCUAUCCAAACGGAAGAUUCUACAGCCCCCACUGAAAAUGUUGCAGCCAACUUAGCUAUCGUGAGUUACGUUUGUGAUACUACUUUACAUAGUCAUGUUAUGCCAGACCAAUUCUGGAAUUUGCUGGUUUAAACUUCCAGAUGUUUAGCCCUGGCACACCAUGUUACUCUAUUUUCAUAAUACCAACUGAUUAGUUUGUUUUUAUUAUCGACUGAUCCCCUCAUUAGUUAAAACCACCCACCACCAAUUUUUUUUAAACAACACCUAUAAAAAAUAUUUUAGCUUAGAUCCUUUUCGUCAAAAUAUACACCUGACCACCACUCCCCUCCACCCUAUCUCAAUCCAUCCAUCUAUCUCAAUCCAUCUAUCUCAAUCCAUCCAUCUCAAUCCAUCCAUCCAUCUCUUUCUCUCUUGAACCUCUAUGAAUGGUCUUGAAUAUCUCACUGGUGAUGGUGACACCAGUCCAAAAUCAAAACCACCUCCUGCCAAAUCGAAUGUAAUUACCGUACCAGUGGUGUCUUCUGUCGUUUUUCCAACCACCACUAAUCCCACCACCACGGUUGACCCUGGAGCAAAUACCACAAAUGAUAACACCAACACAAAUCAAACUUUAACUGCUAGUGCCAAUGGCACCAGCAAUGGCACAGCUCCUGUCACUCCCAAAGACGACACUACCGUGACUGCCCCCAACAAUGGGGCUGCAACUAUUUCCAAUCAAUCAUCUCCCGCAUUAAAUCAAACAAUAUCCAAUCAAAUUUCAACUCCUCCCACCUCUUCUGAAGUUUCUACUAUUGCCAAUACAUCAGCAAAUGUUAGUAACACCGUGUCACAAGAAGUAGAAGACCCCGCAGUCAAAAAUACCCGUCUUCUAAAAGAAGCCUCGGAGUUGUUUGCCUAUUGGAAGGAUGAAAUCAACAAGACUUUUAUUCCUGCCUAUGCAAAGGAACCUGUUCCCCUGGGAAUUAGCCCUCAACAAUGGUUGAAGUACAUUUCUGUUGGUCUUCGUCAUUUCCGUGGCGUCCUGGCUUACUUCCGUGAUCCUGAACAUUUUGAACUUAAAGAACGAUGUGUUAUGAAUUUAGGUAUUACUAAUGCCUAUGGGAAUAUCGAACAAUAUCGUAAAUUGCUUGAAUUAUUGGACGAUACCUUUGUCAUUCAUUUGUUCAAUGUUGGACCCCAAUUCAUUGAAGCAUUGGAACGUCAAUUGGGUGGGAAAAACGCGAGAAUGAAGGACAUUUUGGAAUUCCUUGAUAAGAAUAAACCGCUUGUGGUUGUGGAACAAGUCAUUGAACGUAAAUUAGUCUCUUUCUGGCUGAAUUUGGAAUCCAAAUUAGGGUCUGCGUGUGAAAUUUUGAAAUUCUUUGGACAACAAGAAACCCAAUGGAAUAGAUUACAAAUUGAUCCUGAAUCAAAAGAAGAUGAUAUUAUUGAUGAAUUCCUAAACAAGGUCCUUCCAUUCCAAUUCAAGGUUGUGUUUAGGUGUUUGAAAGGCACCAAUUAUCUCCCUGUUCAAAAACAAUAUUGCAAAAUUUUGGCGGAAGAGUACCAUAAGUGGAAAAGCAACAAGAAGGAAUAUGUCGUGAUCAAAUACAAGACUAUUUCAGGAAGAAUAUCUGUGCCUGCUCAUUCAAUCAAUGUUAAUGCCAAUAAACAACUUCAAUUCUUGAGUGCUCCACCUAAUCUGAAUUACAAACCAGGUCCAAACACAUAUAUUCGUUCCCAGGAAUUCCAGGAACCAGAAGCACUUCCCGCCAAACCAGUGACUAGCAAGCUGGCCAAUAAACCAGCAAACAAGAAGCAAUUCCCUGUGACAUCUACCCCUGCAGAUUCACCUAACAUGUCAAAGGUUGCAGCACCUACUCCAAUUGCAAUGACUUAUCCUACAUCAGGGCAAGCCCAGGAACCAGAUCAUGCUCAAUCUCGUACUUCCCCUACCACUCCAGCAGCCCCAGCUCCAAGAGGUCCUCGUAAUAGUAUUAGUAGCCCUGACUCACAGGCCAAAGCUGCAUCCUGGAACCACAUCAAUUCCGUCGUUGAUUACUCUCGACCAUCCUCUCCUCCACUUAAGAAAUCCAGGCCUGAAACUGAUAGUUAUCGUCCUGGCCAACAAACUUCCAAUAAUUAUGCAUCCAAAACUACUGGCAGUUACACGAGAGGAAAUGGAGAAUAUAAUGAUACCAGAGGGAACAUUAGAAGUGAUCAUUAUGACAGUAAAACUUACGAAUAUGUUAAGCCUCGUUCAGAUAGUAGAACAUCGGAUAGAUUAUUUGAUAACAGAUCAUUUGAUAGCUGGCUAUCAGACAAUAGAUCAUUUGACGAUAGAGUAUCUGAUAACAGAUUUGACAACAGAUUAUCCGAUAGAUCUUAUUCGGAUAAUUACAGACCUAAUGGCAGAUCUGAUGGCAGAUUUGAUGAAACAAGAACUAUUGAUCGAUACCAACCAAAUAGAAAUAUUACACAUGCACAAAAUACCUCCACAGAUCACAGACCAAAUACUAACCCGCCUAGAAAACGUCCUUACUCUGAGGACGACGAUAGUAACCAUCUCCCAGCACGUCCCACUGUCCCUACCAUUCAUCCUGACCGGUUGAAACAAGUGCCUCUGCAAGUUGCACCAAAAGCCGACAAAUUUCAGUCCGCAGCCGAAUUCAUUCAACUUGCAAUGAGCAGGAAACUGAGCAAUUCAGGGGAGGAAUACGACGCUGUUGAUCCCAACACCGUUGCUAUUUCCAAUGCAAGAGUGUUUGGAUCGGCACCACGACGUAACUCAAUUUAUAAUCCUCCCGCCGACAGAAGAAACUCUACUGCUAGUAAUGGCGGAGAAAGAAGAAUAGACAAUAACUCUAGACAAAAUUCAAGAUCAGACAAUAGCUAUGAAAACACGUUUCCAAGUCGUAACAACGACGAUGAUACUAACCAUCCAAACAACCUGAGAAAUCAAAAUGGCAAUGGCAAUGUCAAUAGCAAUAGCAAUAGCAAUGGCAAUGGCCAUGGCAGUGAUGAUUACACUUAUGAUUCAAGUGUUUCUAGCAAUACCACUCCCUCGUCAAGAGGAAAUCAGCAUAGUAACGGAGAUCCAAGAGAUUGUUCUGGGUCGAAUAGAGGACGUCGCGGAAGUGAUCAACAAAGGGCAAGAAGUAGGAACCUGGCUAAAGGAAGGGCAAGAAAUGGGAAUCUGGCUAAAGGAAGAAGAGGAGGCGGUAAUCGUGGAGGUUAUUCUCUGAAUGAUUCACGCCCCACACUUCAUGAUUUGUUGAAGAGUGGAGGUAGGUUGCCAAAUGAUUAAACUCUAAACAUCAGACUUUGCUUAUUCUAUGUAUAUGUUUUCCGAAUCUACAUUGGCAUUUUAUUUGCACGAAUGUCCAUUAAUGCUAAACAAAUCUAAAUAAUACCAAACGCCUAAUAAACCAAGUAAAAAACCCAAAAUAAAGAAAAAUGUAAUAAACCCAAAAAUAAAACCCUAAUGUUUCAUAACCUAAUUGUACACAUAAGCCAUUUGUUGAGCAGCAUAAGAACCGGAAUUCAACUGUUUCAACAAGUUCUUCAAUUCCAUUUCUUCUUUCAAUGCAGCAAAUUCAAUUAUUGGAUCCACUUCAGAAGAUGAUUCAUGUGUAGAUAUCGUAGUUGCAUUGGUAGAUACCGAAGAAAUUGAACUGGUGGAACUCGAUCUGGUGUGGAAGAGGGAGGAAACUGUAGAUGAAGAUCUCGAAUGGGUUGGAGUGACUGAGAUUGGAGAAGAAGAAGAAGUAGUAGUAGUAGCAACAGUGCUUGCUGGAGAUGGAUAGUUGUACUCUGGUUGGGCUGGACCUGCAGCAACUGGAGUUGGAGCUUGCUUGUGAUGGUGGUGUUGUCUUUGCAAGAACUUCUUGACCUUGGAGCUUCUGACCAAGUCGUAUCUGAUUGGUUCCAAGAGACUGUCCAAGCUUUCAAUCAUUUCGUCGUUGGAGACUUUCAAGUCCCAGUUUAAUAAAAAUGUCAAUUGGCGUUCCAUCAAGUUGAUGUCUUGGGUAGUGAAUAAACCGUCAGUGUAUUUAGCCCAAUGCAUGUUCUUUGGAGAUGAAUCAUUGUGGAAUUUAGAAGACAAGAUCAAACAACUGAGUAAGAUUCUGUGUCUGGUGCAUGGUAACCCCAGGGCGUUCUUUGGUAAUUUGGCCUUUAAUCUGUUCAAGUAUACUAAAGUGGCCAUGAGGGUACCAGUAUAUACAUUAGUGUAGCGAACCAACUUGGUCAAGAAAGUCAUCAAGGAAGGCAAUGGUUUGACUUUCAUGUCAGUGGAGGUGUAUGUUUGGUUCUUAGUGUCUUUGCAUGGAAUGACCUGGAGGGUAGCAACCACUAGCUUGUGGAUCAUGUCUUGGGUAACAGGACCAGCAACGAAAAUUUGCAAUGCUUUCAAGUCAAGAGCGGAAGUCAUGAUGAGGAGGAGGGGGGAGGGGUGUGAAAGUGAUUGAUGAAUGAGUGAU